AUGCAAGAUGUGUCAUCAUCAUGUCGAUGCACCAUCUUGAUGCAAGUUCGCAUAUCUGUUCAUCGCCAUAUCAUCGGUCGUUGCUCUGCUUAUCUUUGUCGUUCAUUCAAUCAGAUGGAAGUGAAGCUAUGGAACGACAAACGUGAGAGAGAAAUGUAUGAAAAUUUUGCUGAACUUUAUGCAAUAAUCAAAGCCACAGAAAAACUGGAAAAAGCAUAUGUUCGUGAUAUAAUCUCAUCAUCUGAUUAUGAAACAGAAUGUCAAAAACUAAUUGCUCAUUUCAAAACACUUUCAUCAAACCUAAAAGACACAGUCCCCAGUAUCGAAAGAUUCCACGAUACUUACAAAAUGGACUGCUCUGCCGCCAUGAACCGCCUGAUAACCUCCGGCGUCCCCGCCACGGUGGAGCACAGGGCGGCAGCCUCCGCCUCCAGCGGAAGCUCAGCUGCAAUUGUGGCGGAAUGCGUUGCAAAUUUCAUCACUGCAAUGGAUACUUUGAAGCUGAACAUGGUGGCUGUUGACCAAGUUUUUCCUUUGCUGUCUGAUUUGUUGGGUUCGUUGAACAAAAUGUCGAUUUUGCCCCCGGAUUUUGAAGGGAAGACUAAGAUGAAGGAGUGGAUUGGGAGUCAAGGCAACUGCAGUUUGACUUGGACUCUUCCUAUAAUUCCUUCAUGGCUGCAUUGCCUACUGAUGGGACUUAGAAUUCAUUCGGGUAUUAAUGCAUGAAGUGUAGCAUGAAUUUGGAUGACUUGGGAUUAGAAGCUUGAUUUAGUUGUUGUGUUUGUAAGUAUUCUUUUAGUAUACAUAGAACCAUAUGAAAUGUGUUUGUUUUUCCUUUUUAUACAAGGGUGGUUUUGUUUGUAAGGGAAGAUGACUUACAAUUUUUUUUGUAAAUUGUUGAAGAUUUGAAACAUUGUUUGAUGUUGAAUUUGUUAAUGGUAAAUUUAGAAUUUAAUCAGGG